UCAACUUCGACUUCCGGAUGUAAAGCAAUAAAAAUGUCCUUUUCAAAAUAAAUAAGUAUAAAACUAUGUUGGAGCUAUAUUACAGCUAUAGAAUGAAUCCGUUCGUGUUAAAACAACUCAUAGCACAAUUAAUGAAGUUAAAGUAUCUCAGAUCAAGCAAGCUAGCUUAUGUUGGUGUAGGUGUCUAUACUGGAAUGUAUAUCGCACAGAAUUAUGAUGUACCAAAAGUAAGUGAUCCAGCGAGCUUAGUGCAGAAAAUAGCCGAGAUAUUUGAAGAGGACAUAAAGAAGAAGUAAUUUAAUUUACCCAAAU